UGUGGGAUGGUGUGGGACUAAUAUUGACGUCUGUGCACGUGCUUUCAAGCGAUAUAUAACAGCUAUGGAUAUUUCAAAUAAAAGGAAAAUGACAGAUGACGAGAUUGCAAUUUCUUUACUAACAAAUGUUAUUGAAGAUGAAACUGUUGAAAUAUCACACUAUAUAAAAAGCAUAUUAAAUGGACAAUAUGAACAUGUUAUUAAUGAUGAAUUACCUUCAAGACUGCGUACAAUGUUAUCUGAUACUGUUAAUUUUGAUAAAAUAGUGAAUGAGAGUAUAGAGAAAGAAGACAUGCAUAAUUUAUGGCUAAGUAUUGGAGUAGCUUCAUUAUUAUACUUUGUUCAAUGCAAUUGGACUGGCCCUCAAGUAACUGGGGACAUUGAAUGGUUAAAAGUUAAAAGAAAGGAUGUACUUAAAGAUUUAUCUUUGCAUGAUGAAUGCAAUGCAAAUGUUAAAAUGCCAGAACUCCUUUAUUUUUCUAAGAUAAUAUUCUCUAAUAAAUUGUUACAAAAUACUCAUAAAAGCUGUAUUUGGUGGUUGUUGAGAGUGAAACUUUUGCAUCAAUUUAUAUUAAAUGAAACUUCUGGUGUACUAUACGAGGAGGCAGAAGAGUUAAUUAUUCAGAUUAAUAAUUUGCCAUUAUUGAAACAUGUUUAUUGUAAAACCUUGUUUUAUAUUGAGGCUGCACAGUUUUAUUUCUAUUAUAGAAGAAUUCAACAAUCAGAAAAAUAUCUUGAACUUGCUAUAGAAGCAGCUAAAUUAAAUUUAAAGCUAGAAGGUGUACUGGGUAAACGUACAAAGUAUCAACAAGAAGACAAGGCUCAACUAUUUUUAAAAGUAGAUACAGGAGAUAAUCAGUUUCCUUCUAGAGAUUGUAAAGAUUUACCAAAAUCUUUGGAAUUAAAUGAUGAUGUCAGAUUGGAACAUAUUAAGUUUGCAGAAAAUAUAAAAAAUGUACAAUUAGGAACAAUUGAAGAAGCAAUAAUAUUAGCUAAAUACACUCAGUUGCGAUUAUCACAACCAAAGGAUAAAUUAACAGAUGAAGAAUUGAAACCUUAUUUAACCGCAGUAAUAGAUAGUACAAAGAAUUGGUCUUUAAAAAUGGCUGCUCUUUAUUAUCGGUGUAUAUUAGAAUCCACUGAUAAAAGAGCCAUUGAACGAUCGAUGAUGCAAAUGGAGUAUUUGAUACACGAAUUGAAAAAUUCAAAAGUUUCCGUUACAAAUAGGAUAGAUAUGUUUUUUGCAAGUGGAGUGAAACCAAUUUGGCACUUGGAACAGAUGUGGGCACAAUUAAUGUUAAGUCUUGGAUUAGUAAAAGGAGCUUUAGAUGUGUUUUUGAAGCUAGAGCUAUGGGAAGAAGUUAUUACUUGUUAUAAUCUGUUGGAAUUGAAACAUAAAGCAGAAGAAAUUAUUCGCCAAGAAAUAUGCAAAAAGCCAACACCUAAGUUAUGGUGUUUAUUAGGUGAUACUACUCAAGAUCCCAGUUUUUAUGAAAUAGCAUGGAAGCUGUCUAAUGAAAGAAGUAGUCGAGCUCAAAAACAUUGGGGAUUUUUCUAUUUUACAAAGAAAAAUUAUAAAGAAGCUAUACCACAUUUAAAAUUAUCAGUUGAAUUAAAUAAUAUUCAGGAGGACGUUUGGAUAAGACUUGGCUUUGCUGCUUUGGAAACAGAAGAUUGGAAAUUAGCAGUAACAGCGUAUAAACGUUACUGUGCUUUAGAACAAACGACAUUUGAGGCAUGGAAUAACUUGGCAAAAGCUUAUAUAAAACUUGGUGAUAAACCAAAAGCUUGGAAAUCUCUUCAAGAUGCUAUCAAGUGUAAUUACGAUCGUUGGCAAAUUUGGGAUAAUUUAAUGAUCGUUAGCAUUGAUUUAGGACAUUUCUCAGAAGUAAUUCGAUGUUAUCAUCGUAUUUUGGACCUCAAAAAUCAUCAUUUAGACGUUCAAAUUCUUAAUAUACUAACCAAUGCUAUACUAAAUAAUAUAAAUGAUUCAGAGGGAAACCCAGCGCAGAGGUUGCUUCCCAAAGUUUUAGAAUUAUUUGGAAGAAUUAGUUCCUUCGUACAUAAUAAUUCAGAUGUAUGGAGAAUGUACGGACACCUUACCGCACUUAAAAAUACAGAUACCGAUGAUGAAAAAGCGGUGCAGUACUUGCAACAAGCACAUCGAGCUGCCGUUUCAGAUCCUAAAUGGUUUCAGAAGGAAGAAUCAACUACAAAAAUAUUGCAAUUAUGUUGUACAUUGGCAGAAAUGUAUUUGCAGUGUGCUUCCAAAUGCGAGGAUAAAAAAAGGAGAACACUAUUAGGAAGUGCAAAACUAUCUCUUCAAAGUGUCGUAAAAAAAGUUAAAGAUCAACAGUGGGACAAUGACAAAAUUUCUACAUCCUUACAGAAAGUGGAAGAAUACUUAAAUACUGUAAUAACUGAGUUAGAAAAAAUGAAAUUGAACAAUUUAUAGACAUUAAAUACUAUACAUGCGUUUAUA